AUGGACCUUCUCGUUUCGGACAACGGUCCGCAGUUUACGAGCUCUGAGUUCCGAACGUUCCUGAAGCAGAACGGAAUUCAGCACGUGACGACUGCUCCAUACCAUCCGGCGUCCAACGGUCAAGCUGAGCGCUUCGUCGACACGCUGAAGCGAGCUCUUAAAAAGAUCAACGAGGGGGAGGAUUUGGAGGAAACUCUGCAACCGCCGAAGCUCACUCCUGCGAACGAGAUGCAGAACGCUGACUACGACCGGAAACAUGGAGCUGUGGAAAGGUGUUUCGCGCCCGGUGACCUGAUCUUCGCACACGUGUUCCGUCGCAACGAUUUCACGUGGGCACCAGGGCAAGUAAUCGAGAAGGUCGGCGCGGUGAACUACGUCAUCAAGCUCGAAGGAUCCAACCGUCCAAUCAAGGUGCACACCAACCAGAUACGACGCCGUCGCGUCGCUAACGCAACAUCGGCGGAAGCUCAACCUGGCACACUUCCGCUGGACAUCCUGCUGGACAACUUUGUCGGCAGCCACUGA